AUGGUCCUGGGUAUAGUGAUGAUGACGGCGAUGCUGCCCACUAUGAUUGGUCUCAACGAGGCCAGCAAAGGCACACGCGACCAGGAAGAUAGUCGCCGGAAUACAGCGCGCAAGCAGCGAUGUCAUCUAGUGGCGAUGUGCUCACUCAGCCAAGGGACCCAAAGCCAACGCGAGCAAGUUCAUAACGCCCGCGUGUAUGUGGGGCGAGACGGGAAACUAUAUAUCACAAAAAAGCCCAGCUCCGGAAUGUCACUCUUCAAUGGCGGCUUCUACACACAUCCGGAUUUCCCUCCUGACAAUUCCUCCGGCGUGGUAACAAUCACCGGCGAGCAACCCCCACUUUACGAUGGCGAAGGCCACGUGUGUGGACCUUUUGACUGGACGAAAGAUGAGCAGUGCAUGAAGCUUGAGGGCUGGGAGGGGUGGUUGGCGAUUCGGUUACCUGAAGAUGAUGCCCGGGACCAAGCGGAUACAGACCUGGAGAUUGGCGAUGGUCGCGAGAUCUGGCGCCUGUAUUUCGACCAGAAUGAUGACGGGGCCGAUCUGCCGCCCGGUUCCCAGGGAUUGGAAAUUCGUCUCAAGCGAGUUACGGCAGAGUCGUAA